GUUGUUACUUUGGGUGUAAAUACUGAUUCCAAGUCUGAUCCUUUUCCUAAUACAAGUAUACUAUUGGUUAAAAUUCGUGAUGAUUAGGUCGUUGUUGCUAAAGGCUGCACUUUUUUGGACAUUGUUUAGAUAAAGUACAAGUAGGAUGAGAGGAGUAGAGUAAAGUAUAUCACUAUAGGAGUCAUGGAAUUUCUCAUACUAAACUGAUCAUGUCUAAUGUAGAACUAUUGAAUCAUUAAAGUUAAGAUGAUGCAGAUUGGGACUGGAGUAAUUUAAGAAGUAUUGGAAUAUGCACAAUACUUUUUUGUAUGAGGGAACACCAUCUAAUUAAUCAUGGAAUAGAGACCAGUUGAUGAAUAAAGGAAUAGGCGAAAAGAUGUUAUCAUCUGUUGAGAUAUCUUUUGAGAUAUUUAGCUUCCUUAUCUGUCUGGACUUUGUUCCUGAAAGAGGGAAUAUGAUCAAGUUUAGAUCAGGCAGUUUGACACGCCUCAAAUCAAACAUGCCACUCAAAAUGCUCAUUACUAACACAAAAGUUGGAAGGAACACAGAGGCCUUAGUUGCUGGUGUUACAGAGAGGACAUUAAGGCAUCCAGAUGCUAUGGCUUCUGUGUUUAAUGCAGUUGAUUCUAUCAGCGCAGAAUUGGCUACCAUCAUCCAAUUAGAGGCCCCUGAUGAAAUCUCUGUAACCGAGAAGGAUGCGAAAAUAGAAGAGCUGAUGGAAAUGAACCAAGGUUUGCUCCAAUGCAUGGGGGUCAGCCAUGCUUCAAUCGAAACCAUUCUUCGAACUACACUCAAAUACAAGUUGGCUUUCAAGUUGACAGGAGCUCGUGGUGGAGGUUCUGUUCUCACACUAUUGCCAACCUUGCUAUCAGCAACAGUUGUUGAUAAAGUAACUGCAGAACUGGAGUCGUGUGGAUUCCAUUGCUUAACAGCGGCCAUUGGUGGACAAGGUGUUCAAGUUUUCUUUGGUGGUUCAUCCUGAGGUGGUUAGUAA